AUGCCUGCCGCUAAAUCCAAACUUCCGUCACUGAAGUCACUGCAAACGAAGCUGCGCGGAUUACAAACGUCGUUCGACAAUAUGUGUCGAUUUAUGGAGCAGUACCGGGAUGAUACGAGAUCGGCAGAGGUCAACGUACGACUGGAGCAGCUGGAUCGAUUGUGGGAUAAAAUGAACGAGGCCAUCGAUGACGUCGAAUCCCACGAAGAAUCGAUAGAAGAAGCAGAUAGUUUCGUCAAAAAUCGGAUCGAUUUCGAGAACCGUUUUUACGAGCUGAAAGCUUUUCUUGUUGGUAAGCAAAGAGAAGAUUGUGACCAAACCGUACUUAACCAGACUACUCGCUCUCUCGAUAAUCCCCCCGGGCCCACCCCUCAUGUGCGAUUACCACAAAUUACUCUUCCUAAAUUUAGUGGUAAGAUAGAUGAAUGGCUUACCUUUCGUGAUCUCUUUACCUCACUGAUACAUAGGCAGACCGACCUGCCCGAGAUCGAAAAGUUUCACUAUUUGCGUAGUCAGCUGGAAGGAGAAGCUUUAUCGAUUAUCGAUUCACUUCCCCUUAUCAAGGCAAAUUAUACUGUUGCAUGGGAACUACUGACGAAGCGUUACUCAAACACGAAGGUUCUCCGUAAACGUCAGGUUCAGGCACUCUUUGAGUUACCAACGAUUCGGAGAGAAUCGGCUUCUGAGUUAAAUUCUCUACUAGACAAUUUCGAAAAGAUAGUUAAGUCAUUGGAUCAGGUCACUCCCCAGCAGACUGACUAUAAGGAUAUGCUACUGGUGCAUCUACUUUGUUCGCGUUUGGAUCACACUACUAGAAGGGGAUGGGAGGAAUUUUCCUCCACCAAAGAAUCGGAUACCAUAAAGGAUCUUACUGAGUUCUUACAGCGUCGGGCCAGAAUUUUGGAAUCUGUGCCCAUCAAGCCCAGCGAAAUUAAGGCAGAGUACACACAACCUAAGCGUCCAAACAAAAUAGCCACGGUCAAAGCAUACAAUGCAUCGGUUCAACGACCUUCGACGAGCGGCACAUGUGUCAGCUGUUCCGAUAAUCAUCUUCUCUACCAAUGUCCAUCAUUUCAAAGGUUAUCGGUUUCGGAGAGAGAUGCACUUCUGCGUAGCCAUUCCCUGUGUCGAAAUUGUUUCCGGCGGGGUCAUCAUGCGAAAGAAUGCAAUUCGAAAUUCACUUGCAGGCAAUGUAAAGGGAAACACCAUACGCUCGUGUGCUUCAGGAGUAAAGCAACCGAAGAAAAACCAAAACCCAAUGGCGAACCAACUUCGGCGGUGAUGGCUGCAACCGAAGAAGCAAUCGAACCAAAGGUGGUCAACUUGGCGACCACCAGCAAGGUGGUUUGCAACACGGUAUCUAGUUCAUCGACUGGAGUGUUUUUACUCACUGCUAUUGUUACUCUGGUGGACGACCGAGGUCAACAGGUUCAUGCUCGAGCAUUAUUAGAUAGUGCGGCGGAGUGUAAUUUAAUAAGCGAUCGAGUGCGAAAAUCUCUUACGGUUAAAGAGCAACCAUGUACGGUCGAGGUGGUAGGCAUCCAAGGUUUAUCUUCUAAGGUACAGAGGAAAAUCACUGUCAUGGUACAAUCCAGGUUUUCAGAGUUUUCGCAACCAAUGGAAAUGUACAUUCUACCCAAAAUCGCAGCACAAGUGGCAGUCAUAUUGGUCGACGUCAACCAAUGGAAUUUACCGAGUGGGAUCGAACUGGCGGAUCCGACAUUCUUCAAAGGUGGCUCAGUUGACUUGGUAUUGGGGGCUGAGGCCUUUUUCGAUUUUUUCACAACUGGCCGUAAAAUCCGACUUGGAAACAACUUACCCUCGUUGGUGGACUCUGUGUUUGGAUGGGUGGUCACGGGCAAAUGUUCGGUGGCUGCUUCCGUUAAAUCUGUCGUUUGCGACCUUGCAAUAAACUACAAUUUAGAUAGCCUACUGGAGAAGUUCUGGGAAUCUGAAGACAUUGGACAAAGGCACAACUACUCUCCCGAGGAAUCAAGAUGUAUGGAGUAUUUCACCAAAACUACCCGACGGCAGCCUUCGGGUCGGUAUACUGUGUCCUAUCCGAGAAAUGAUGAGUUACUUGCCAAGCUAGGUGAUUCGAAGGAGAUAUCUGAGCGUAGAUUCUUACAAAUAGAGAAGCGAUUGGGGCGAGAUGAGAAGCUGCGAGAACAAUAUGCCGACUUCAUGAAAGUGUAUGAAUGCAUGGGCCACAUGAAAUUAAUCGACGAUGAACACGAUACGGAUGUUAAGCGAUGUUUUCUCCCACAUCAUCCAGUGGUGAAAGAAGACAGCACAACCACUAAGGUGCGGGUGGUGUUUGAUGCCUCCGCAAAAACAUCUAGCAACGUUUCCUUGAAUGAUAGCUUGCUGGUCGGUCCGGUCAUUCAAGAAGAUUUGCGUUCGAUAAUUCUUCGUAGCCGCACACGCCAGGUGAUGGUGGUCGCCGAUAUUGAAAAGAUGUUUCGGCAAAUUGAUAUUCAUCCCGAAGACCGGCAAUUUCAAUGCAUUUUGUGGCGUACCUCUCCCAACGUCCCUCUGUCUACGUAUGAACUAUCGACAGUCACAUACGGUACCAAGCCAGCACCGUUUCUUGCAACAAGAGUACUUAUGCAGCUGGCCACUGAUGAGGAGAAGCGGUUUCCGUUGGCUUCGACUGCUGUUAGAGAGGACUUUUAUAUGGACGACGUGAUAACAGGUGCUGACGAUCCAAUCACAGCUACAGAACUUCGCAUCCAACUGCAGGAGAUGCUACGCAGCGGUGGAUUUUGGCUACGAAAGUUUGCUUCUAAUUGUGAAACCGUACUGGCAGGAUUACCGGAGGAAGAACUCGCAAUUCAAGCAGAUGAUGGGAUUAAUCUGGACCCUGAUCCCAUGUUUAUGGCUGAUUUACCGGCAUCGAGAGUUACGGCGGCGAGACCAUUUUCGACUACAGGCGUCGAUUAUUUUGGGCCGGUGUACGUUAGAUCAGGAUACCGGCGGACCGCAGUAAAAGCAUACGUAUCGGUGUUUGUCUGCUUUGUGACGAAGGCGACACACCUAGAAUUGGUCACUGAUCUUUCGACGGCACGGUUUAUUCAGGCUUUGCGGAGAUUCAUGUCACGUCGGGGAAAUUGUGCUACAUUGUGGUCCGAUAAUGGCACUAACUUCGUUGGAGCUAAAAACCAGAUGCGAGAGUUGCUGAAAAUCCUGAACACCAAAGAACAUCACCAGAAGGUUGCCAAGGAGUGUGCAGACGAUGGAAUGCAGUGGAAGUUUAUACCCCCUGGAGCUCCCCAUUUCGGUGGCCUCUGGGAGGCUGCUGUGCGAUCGGCGAAAAAACAUCUUUUGAAGGUGCUGGCGGACACGCCAGUCUCCUACGAGGAUAUGACGACUCUUCUAACACAAGUCGAGUGCUGUCUGAACUCGCGGCCUCUGACGCAGCUUUCGGUUGAUCCUGAUGACUUGCGGCCACUCACACCAGGUCAUUUCCUGGUUGGUUCUGCUCUCCAAUCCAUACCAUCAGCAGACUACACCGACACAGCUUACGGGAGACUAAAGACGUGGGAAGCUGUACAGAAGAGGUUGCAAGACUUUUGGCGGCGAUGGAAAACCGAGUACCUCAAUCAACUACAAGGGCGCGUUAAGUGGUGGAAACCACCAGUUGGAAUAAGGCAAGGCAGCUUAGCAGUGAUUCGUGAUGACAACCUACCGCCAACGAAAUGGAGAAUGGCGCGAAUCAUUUCGACCCACCCGGGAUCAGAUGGGGUGGUCCGAGUAGUCACUCUACAAACAGCGAACGGGACAGUGGAUAGACCGGUUGACAAAAUUUGCAUCUUACCGGUUGCAACGGAUGACGGAGAUUUCAAUGUGAACGAAACGAUCAACUGA